AUGUCAAAAUUAAAUGAAUCUCAUAAUUUAAAAGAUAAUAAUCUUCGUGGUAAACGAAGAAUUAAUGAAAGAAAUCAAAAAUUAUCUAUUAAUAUAUUUAAAACAAAUGAUCAACAUGGACAAACAUCAACAGGACCAAAUGCACAAUUUUUUCAUUCACAAAUAUUGAUGGAUGUUCUUUUACGUAUGAAAACAAAAAUUGAUGAUAAAAAUGAAUUUAUAACUUUAUGUCAAGCUUUAUGGUGGUAUACACGAGAAACAUUUAUAUAUCAAUUUUUAAAUCAAGCAUUACGUUUACAAGAUAUUGAUUUAUUAUUUUUAUUUCGUUUUUUUAUAUAUGAUAUUCAAAAACAACUUGAAUUAAAUCAAUAUCAAGAAUCUAUUCAUGUUUAUCGAAAUCUAUUAAUAUCAAAUAAUGAAUUAAAUAUAUAA